CAAAACGUAAAAAAAAUAUUUUGAGAAUUUACGCGCCUUGGUGUAUAAUCAUCUUAUUAUUAAAGAUUGUUUAUAUUAAAAACAAAAUAUUCAACUGAAAAUGUGGGACCACUUUGAGCAGUGUCCCGUAGAGGAUGAAACUUUAUCGAAUAUGUUUUCAUCAGCCGGUGUUUUCAAAAUUAGCAGCAAUGACGCGAUAAUUAAAUAUCCUGAAGUACAAGCAACAGUUCAAAACAAAAAAAUUGCCAUAGCCAUAGACCAAACAAUAUUUUUGAUUGAAGAUGAAAAUUUGGCUAAAUGUAGUUUGUUGUCAUUUAAUGCAGAUAUAAAUAUUAUUAGAACUACAAAUUCAGGCAAUUUAAUAAUAUGUUGCUUGAGUAAUGGAGAAAUACAUGGCAUUUUUAUAAAAGGCAUACCUUUAUUUAGUUUAAUCAUCGAAGCGGAAGAUGUGAAUCUAACUGGUAAAACGUUCGCCAAUAUACAACUGAUAAACCAACGCUUUCACAUCAGUUGCACAAAUGGGAGCAUUUAUUGCCUUAGCGAAAUUGAUGAAAAGCCUUUAGAAAAUAAUAUGAAUAUAUCAAUGACUGACAAUGAAACUGGAACUCCUGAUGAAGCUAUACUCGACAACGUUACUAUGAAACGCAUUUUAACUAAUCGCAGUCAUAAGGAUACGUUAACAUCUGUUUUAGUUAUGGAGCGGAAAUUGGGGAUAAAUGUUGAAAAUAUAUUAUGCAUUGCUGGUACACAGAAUGGAAUCCAUUUAAAAAAUAUGCACGAAGACAUUAUUAGAAUACGCAUGUCAGAACAUUAUGGUGGAGUUAAAAACAUCUAUAAUUUGGAUAACUUUAUUGUAGUUCUUACUAAUUCUGGACACUUGUUAGAAUUUUGUCCCAUAACGAAGAUCAUCUGCUUUAAUACUAAACAAAAUGAGAUAAAUCUGCUUAUUGAUGAUCUUAUUAUUAUGGAAUGUUCAGAUAAAAAUAUUGAAUUGUUGGUGGUGACAAAACCGAAUAAAGAUCAGCGUAUGAUGAAAAUAGUACAAUAUCCUUCAUUUAAAUGUAAUAGCGAAUUGGAUAUUCCUGUGUGCUCCUGGCAAGUGAAACAACCUAAAAACUCGAUGAACCUAUAUGUACUCUGUGGCACACAACUAAAUUCAUCUAAUAUACCAACAGAAGUAGAAAUGAAAUUAAUUUCUGAAACCGAUCCUAGUGACCGAUUUAAGAAACUGAUUGCAAAAGGACAUUUGGAAGAAGCCGAGGACUUCGGCAGUCAAUUUGAACUAUGUUUGCAACCAGUUUUUGAAGCCAAAGCUAAACGGAUGCUAGUAGACUUUUCAAUCGCAGAUGAAAACACAGAGUAUUUACAACAUCUAUUCGAUGAUUUACUCGAUAUGCUAAAAAGAGUUGGACGUAAAGAAUUUUUUAAAAAUAAUCGAAUGAUCAGCAUGCCAACGAGACAAUUGCUUUAUCGCUAUUUAAAGGAAAUACUUAAAUAUUUGGAUGAACAGGAUGAUGAAAAUGAUGUACUUGAUAUAUGGGAACAAUUACAUCGUCUGGAUACACUCAAAAUUAUUGAUCCAUAUGAAUGUAAAGUCGAUUGGCAAAGUUUUGUGCAUAAUCCAUAUUUGAUUAAGGAAAUCAUAGUACUUUUUAAGUAUGAUAUACCUACGGCAUGUUUAAUUUGGAAACGACAUUCUAGUGCUAUUUUAAAAAAUUUGGAUGAAAAAGAAUUAGAAAAGUUACUUGAUUUCAUACCGGCCAACACUGCUGCUUUCAAUUUACUACAGUUUUUACUACAGUUUGUUCCGACUGUAGGAAAUACCCAUCCUUCUGUAUUACCAGUUAUUACAGAGUGGAGUAUACAGAAGACACGUACACUGCAAUAUUCGAGUCAUUGGCCUGAAAUUGGUUUAGAAUUUAUGACAAAAGUUGCUGCCAUUUUUGAGAAUACAUGCUUUUUGCACUCUGAUGUAAGACGUCAAUUGGAUUCAAAUAUUGCUAAAUUAAAAAAUUUAGUAAAUGUAUUGCAAGAGUUAUUUGUAUUAAAAAAUAGUUAUAAUUUGAUUUUUACAUUGGACAACUACCUACAGGACUCUAUCGAUGAUUCUGCCCUGUAUAUAUUACAACACGUACAUUUGGAUCAUUUGCAAAGUCUUGUAAAAGACUUUCUCUAUCCUAUUUAUCAAGAAAAGGGUAAAACUCCAAUCGUUCCCAUACGUAACUACAUUUCUUUGUUGGCUGGUAAUCAUUAUUCUUUAAGCACUUGGCUGGAGCGUUCAAUAGCCUGUAUUGAAUUGUUGCAUAAUGAAGAUGAUCGAUUAGAAUCGGCACUAAAAGUGAUGCAAUGUUCACCAGUGCCCUGGCCAGAUGCAAUGGCACCACUAAUCAAAUUACGUACUUCAACUCAUCCGUUGGCUUUUAAGAUUAACACGGAAUACGAAAUACAAGUAAUAAAAAUUAUGAAAUCUAAGUAUGGUUGGCCCAUGGAUAGUGCAACCGAUAUAAAUUUAAACUUGUUUAUGUUUCGUAUUGUUAAAAUGAACCUACCAGAUAUGUUGGAAGAUAUACGUAUGCUUACAAAAGCUGCACCAAGUAUUUCUGUUGGCGCUAACUUUAAUUGCUGUUAUCAGUUGGUGCGCACAGAUAAACCCGAAUUGGCUUAUGAACUCUUCAAGCUUUUAAAUGCAGAUCAGAAUGUAAAAUAUGUCAACUCGAUAACAGAAAUGUUUUUGGAAUUUAUGGAGAAAACAGAACCACUACAAAAUGAUAUGAAGGAUCAAAAAAAUUUAAUUGAUUUUCUAAAGCUUAUUACCCCGAAAACAUGCCAUAUUUAUCAAAAACGUCUGCGCGCUUUGCAAAAUAUUUUUAUUAUACGAUUUAAAUAUCAAAUUCCUAUAAAAUCCAUAAGUGAUUUAGUGCCAACAAGUAGUAGGUCGAAGAUGUUAAAUUUGGGUAUCGAGAAUAUAGUGGAACGUAGUCAAGCAGCAGUUAAUGUAUCAAAAUUUAUAACCCAGGAAAUCUGGCAGUUAAGCGCAGCUUUAGAAAUUUCAAAAAUGUAUGGAGUGAGAAUGAUAUGUAAACGCAUGAAAUGUUUACCUCUGACAUGUGCACUCAGUUAUUCUAUGUUAGAAACAGUAGAUUGUACGCUAGAAACAAAAGAUGAGUUUAUAGCUUUGGCGAUGCAGUUGCUUUCACAAUAUAUUUGUGAUAACAAAAAAAGAACAAACUACACGUUAUUAAGCGACAACGAUCCUUUGGUAUAUCCGUUAGCUUACAAACUCCUAGUACGUGCUUCAUUAGUUGACGAAGAUCAACAAUUUGACUUGGAAGAAAUAAUUAAAUAUAUCCAAAUAGCUGACAACUGUUAUUCUGUGAAUGCGAUUAAUGCAUACUAUCAGAAAAAAGAUAUAGAAAUUAAUAAUAUCAUAUGCAAACAUUUGGUUAUCACGGAUUCAGCAUCAAAUCAUGACUUAAAACCAGGUCCACCAUUGGAUUUAGUCAACAAUUCAACAAAAACAAGAAACCGGGAUUCAAUGUCUGUAUUUGAUGAAAUUGAAGUGCAACCACAGAUUCCAGUGAAUAAGAGUUCUAGGAAUGAAAAAAUAGUGGUAAUUAAAUUCGUAACUAAUACGCUGCAUUUAAUGGUACUGUCAUCAAAAUCUCAAAAUCAACUUCUUAACAUGUUAGGAGAUUUACUAUCUACAGAAAUACAAACUGAUAUUGAUGAGGUCAGUGACGAUUUCUUUUUAGCACUGGAACAUCUUGUUAAAGCCAAAAUGCAUAGUAUUUGGUAUACAAUUGCUCAGUAUUUAUUAGAUUAUCAAACCCGUAAUGGUUGCAAGAUUAUAAAUGAAGAAUUUUUAUCCUUACAAUUAACUCGCAUUUUCCGGUAUACUCUGUCAAAUAAGGAUGUUAAUUUUGUUGUAUUAUUUGCUAUGCUGAUUGCCUGUGACGAUCCAGAUAUGCUCCUACAGAAAUUGGAAAAUGAUUUUAAGACUGAUCAGCAAAAGGUCAAUCUGCUAACAUUAGUGGAACAAUACAAUAGUCAACUGAAUAAACCAGAUCAUGUUGAAGCUACGCGUAUACAACGUAUUAAAUAUUAUUAUUAUAUGGAAUUUUGCAAGAAAGAUCCAUCGAUUAAAGGCAAAUUUAGUGCUGAUUUUGAUAAUAUCGAAGCAUUAUUAAAAGAGUUUCACAACAAACAGUUGGAUAUACAAUUACUAGAGCGCAUGAGUACUGAUUUUGAGUUAGACUACCAGCAAAUGCUUAUAACACAGGUCAUUGGUUUGUUGCGUUCACAAGAACUACAAUAUGAUAUCAAAACCAAUGAUUUUGAUGAGGAGGAGCUAGUCGUAUUAUCGUCCGCUGAUGAAAUUCUAAAGUCUUGCCAAAUGUACAUUAACGAAAUAAAGAAUACAAAACUAUUAACAGCAAAACUUCAACAAUUUAUAAAGGAUAUAAAUAUAUAUUUCUAUGAACUUUAUUUGUGCGUUAUUGAGAUCUUAUCUUUCAUCGAUGCUGUUCCACAAGAAAUGCAAGUUUGGUCAAAUAUUUUGCAUUUUUUGAGGCACAAAAUGAAGAAACGACGCCGAAAUCGACCAGGACAACUUGAAAUGGAUAUGUGGUUGCAAUCUCAAAAAGAAAUCGGUAUAUUACCAAAAAUUGCUCGCUUUCGCUUGCCAUUUCUGCCUCUUGUAGAAAAUCCAUUACAAGACAUAUUGGAGAGUGAAAUAAGUGUGGAUAACUGUGAAAGUUGGUUUCCUUUAAUACAAAUGCACACUGUGCUAAAGGGUUCAUCGGAAGUAGCUAAAAUGUGUGAUUAUUUUUGCAUGUCUGCUGUUAAGAAUUCAAUAACAGAUUAUAAAUUGAACAACGAAUCGGAGACCUGGAAUGUGCAGUCAAAAAAUAAUGCAUUUCUGCGAUCGGUACUGCGUCUUGUACAUAAUGUAAAAAAUCCUGGUAAAGCAUUUAUGAUACUUUAUUUCGUUGCUACUUAUGCUCCAUAUGGUGCGGAUCAAGUAGAGGCAACAUACGAAUGUUAUAAAUUUGCGAUUGAAAAUGAGGAUCGAAUUAUUGAAGAUAAAUAUCAACAAAGAUUAGAGAAAGUAAAGCGCAAAUAUCCAAUUUUGAAAACUCAACAUUUACUUAACGUUUACGGAAUAACAGAUGAAAAAUUAAUGGCUUUGAUUGAUAAUCCUGUUGCUCUUAUAUAUAAUUUAUAUCAUCAUGAACAAAUCAUAAAAGAAAGCAAACAGUAUAUUAGCGAAGUUAUUAAAGAAAUUGCCGAUUUACAUAACCUGGAGUUGGAUAACAUACAAUUCGAAUUAUUACAAAAGUGGUUAUCUUUUACUUUUGAUUCUACUGAUGGUACAAUAGUCGAUGAGACAUUUUACGAAGAUCAAACAAUGGUAGAAAAUACAGUAAUUGAUGCAGGUUAUGCUGCAGAAAAUGUCUUAAGAGCGCAUUAUUUACUGAUUAGUUGGCCUAAAAAGGAGUCGAUGCAAUUUCUAGCUGCACAUAUAUUUCCUACGGAUGAUACUACUAACAUCACAAAACAACUGCAAAUUUAUGAAUGCUUUUCAAAAUUAAAUGACGGCACAUUUUCAUCGGUACUUAAUAUGCCCACUCAACGUCAAUAUAUGACAAUCAAAUGUGUUCAUGAACUGAAACAACUCGGCUACAAUACCAGUCCAGAAAAAUUUUCACAAUUAAAUAAAAUUGAAAUACUUAAACUAAUUUGGCAGCGGAGCGGACAAAAUGCCAGUACCUUAAAAACCUUAGCUAAUAUUUGUCUAGGUUUCGAUAUAUAUUUAUCAAAAAUUUGGAAUGGUAUACUUAAGCGUAUGGUCGCUUACAAUAUGGUAAGCGAAUUAAAUGCCCUUGUUGAUGUUCUAUCGUGUAAGGCGCAACUGUUAAAAACUGAAGGCUUAGUUGCGGCCUGGGAAUGUGUCUUGGAACAUCCAUUCAAAAUUGCAAAUAAAACCCGCUCCAUUGAACAGGAAGAAGAAUUAUAUAAAACAAUGUUACGCUUACAAAGUUGUCCUGUGGUGCAAAACCUCAAUUUGAUGAAAUUCACGGAACAUUGUUUGCGUUUGGAACGCUUGCACAUGGCAGCCAUUUUUAUACCUUUUUGUGAAGAGAAUGAAAAGCGUGAAAAUAUUAAAAAGUUAAUUUUGUCACGUAAAAAUAAUAAUUUACGAAAAGAGAUUCUGGAGUUAGAGGAAGCAGGAAUACUACCAACGAUUUUAAAUUUUGUAUUGAAACAAUUAAAUUUGUAAUCAUAUUAUGAA